UUUUUCUUUUUUUUUUGUGUGUAAAGUGAAAAGCCAAGUAGGCCUUGAUUUGGCUCAAGUGACACCUGCCAGGUGUGGUGCCCGAAUCUUAGAUGAUUUUCAAACGCGUCGCAAGUAAUAUCAAGUUCAACAAACAGCUCCUGAUCGUGCUCCGUUUAUUGCGACGUAAAAACCGAUCCAAAUUUUAGUUCAUCAUCAUCAUGUUCCGUGCUCUGUACCGCCGGCUGACCAAGCGGAAGGAGUCGCGUGGACGCGACCAGGGGGAAGAGGAGGAGGAUGUGCUGGCCAAUGAUAAACCAAAGCAGGAAGAGAUUCAAAUCCAAGUUGAGGUAAAGGAAAAUAAAGAGGAGCAGAUGGACACCAUUGUGGCCAGCCAGACCCAGCAAACGCUACCCUCAAAUCCCGAGCAGCUCAAGGUGCUGGCCACUCGCCAGCAGAUGGCCAUGUUGCUGACCCGCCUCAGCAAUGACGAGGCCGAGGGCGACGACAGCGACACCCAUCAGAUUGUACUAGAGCUCUUGGGCAGCUUCGAUACGGCCACCUCAUCCUCCACCUCAACCAUUGAACGCGUUUCCAAGCAGCUGUUGGCCGUGCUGCGUGAGCAGACCCUCCUGGACGAGGGCAUAGCUGCAGGCAAUGAGCGCUAUUGCUGCUUCGAGAGCGUUGUCCAAAACUACACCAAGAUCUAUGCAGCUCGGCGGUUUAUGGAGCAACUGCCUGCUUUGGGGCAGGGGGAGGUGAUGCCCCAGGUGGCCGCCAACGAGGUGCUGCAGAUACCCGAACUGCUGCGCCAGCUUUGGGCCUCCCUGGACAAGAUGGAGUUCUUCAACGAGGACAGUGCUUUCAAGGCUUAUUUGGAGGCACGUCAUCAUCCGCAGGCGCAGAUUCUAAGCGAGCUCCUGCUGACGCGCAUCUCGCGUGUCUUCCUAUGCAUUGUCAGCUCCACGAUGUUCCUGGAGUUUAGCGAGCACGAGCUGCUGCACAUUCUGCGCAACUGCUACCUUAGCGUCAACUCGGAGAUCGAGAUCUUCCUCGCCAUGGUCCUCUGGAUGGAGCACAACUGGACAGAGUCGGACAACUGUGCUGAACGUCUGCUAUCCGAGGUGCGCUUCGGCCUGAUGCCCACAUGGUAUCUCACUACCAUGGCCAAGGCCAAUCAUUGCCAGCACUUUGGCCGGGUGAUUAGCAGUCCCAGGGUGCAGCGCAUGAUAGACCAGGGAUUGGAGGAAGCCAUCACCCUGAAGAAGAAGCCACGCUUUGCCACUGCAGCUGGCGGUAAAGGGCAGUCGCUUUUAGAGGAGACCCACUUGCCGCGCGACUGGAUUGUCGAUAUUGAGUGCCGCCACCAUCACAAGUGCCACUGCCGUUACUUUGUUUACCCCACCUACGAUGUCUUCAAGAGCAACCUGGCCAGGAUCAUUUGCCGCUCGCCCAGCUACUGGCAGACCUUUCGUCCCGCCCAGGAGGUAUAUCGCAGCGAAUUCCGCUGCUGCUCCUCGCCCCACUUUCAUUAGUUUGAAUCCCGUGGGCAUCGUUGCUGCCUGCUGCUGCAGUCUGGCGUAGAUGCAGUUCCUCCCCUCCCUAAAAAAUGAAUCAAAUUUUAUUCAGCUGAUCAGGCGAUCCUUGGCAGCACAAUCAUUGACUUACUGGCAAACCUGUGCAUAUGCAAAGAAUGUCUUUUUUAGAACACUUUUUAUGUCUUUAUUAAAAGUAACUCUGGUUGUGCCGAGUCUUUGAA